AUUAAAUGAUCUCAAGGUGAUGAAUCAAAUGAGAGCUUGAACACGAUCCAAAUCUCAACACCACCUUUCUUUCCUGUUUUCUCCAAGAUUUAGAAUCGUUAAGAAUGGAAGAUUUUUCUUCAACAAUUAAUAUUGAAAACGCGGAGAUUCAAGGUGAUUCCAAGCCUAAGACGAGACGAAAAACUUUCGAUGUUUGGAAUAACUUCACAAAUGAAGAACCCGACAAAGAUGGAAAGAAUGUCAAGUGCAAUCACUGUCUUAAAAGAUGGAAAUAUGAAGGUCCUCAAUCUAGUGGGAGUUCUAAUCACGAAGUCGGAGAGCCUAAAUUCAUAGGUGGGGGAGGAGUAAGGAAAAUGAAAAUGAAUCCAAAUGUACUGGCUGGAUAUAAGAGGCACAAAGGUCUAACUUCCGACGCAAAGUCAGCAUUGGAUGUAUAUUUGGAAGAUAUUCCGAUAGAUGAAAAUGCUGAAAUCGAUUUGCUUAAGUAUUGGAAAGAUCAUUCAUCCAGCAAUUUUGGAGUACUUGCUAGGAUGGCGUGUGACGUGUUUAGUAUUCCUAUAACAACGGUAUUAUCCGAAUCUUCCUUUAGCAUUGGAGCACAUGUCUUAAACAAAUACAGAAAUAGACUCCUUCCCGAAAAAGUGCAAGCACUUAUUUGCACGCGUAAUUGGUUGCAUGGAUAUUCUAAUGAUUCUGAAGAUGAUGAGGAGGAAGCUAAAGAUCAAGCUAAAGCGUCAAAGAUUAUCGACUUGGAAGAAUGUCAUUAA